AUGGAGAAGGUGGACACCUCGAGCCGGCUCGCCGAGCUUCGAAAGCUCAUGCAAGAGAAAAAUGUAGAUGUGUACAUUGUCCCAUCGGAAGACAGCCACUCGUCAGAAUACAUUGCUCCAUGUGAUGCAAGACGAGCUUUCAUCUCUGGCUUCACUGGCUCGGCGGGAGUCGCAGUCGUCACCUUGGACAAGGCUGCACUGGCUACCGAUGGCCGGUACUUUAACCAGGCCGAGAAACAACUUGACAAGAACUGGCUCCUCUUGAAGCAGGGGAUUCAAGACGUCCCCACCUGGCAAGAAUGGGCAGUCGAGCAGUCCGAAGGCGGCAAGGUUGUCGCUGUCGACCCGACAUUGCUGACUAGCGGAUACGCAAAGAAGCUGGCCGACAAGAUCAAGAAGAACGGGGGCAAGGAUCUUGUAGCCGUGACCGACAAUCUUGUUGACCGUGUUUGGGCGCAGGGCAAGCCAAGUCGGCCCAACGAGCCAGUCAUUGUUUUGGAUCAAAAGUACGCCGGAAAAGAUGUCAAAUCCAAACUGGACGAGUUACGCACUGAGCUGGAAAAAAAGAAACUGCUUGGUUUUGUGGUAUCCAUGCUCGACGAGGUUGCAUGGUUAUUCAACCUCCGAGGCAGUGAUAUCCCAUAUAACCCAGUCUUCUUCUCAUAUGCCAUUGUCACAGCUGACAAGGCCACACUUUAUGUGGAUGCGUCCAAGCUCAGCCAAGACUGUCAAUCCUACCUAGCUGCGAACAAUGUCGACAUCAAGCCCUACAAUGCCAUAUUCGAGGAUGCCACAACCCUCGGCCAGUCCGCCAAGGCAACCAAUGCUCAAGCCUCUGGCGAUUCUAAGAAAUACUUGAUAUCUACAAAGGCGUCGUGGGCACUGAAGCUCGCUUUAGGUGGCGAUGACUUGGUCGAGGAAAUCCGCAGCCCGAUCGAGGACCACAAGGCCGUGAAGAAUGCCGCCGAGUUGGAAGGAAUGAGACAGUGCCACGUUCGUGACGGUGCCGCCUUGGUUGAGUACUUUGCCUGGCUUGAGGAUCAGCUCAUCAACCAGAAGGCAACCAUUGACGAGGUUCAAGCAGCAGACCAGCUGGAGGCAUUCCGUGCCAAGAAGGAACGAUUUGCUGGUUUGUCUUUUGACACCAUUUCCUCGACUGGCGCAAAUGCUGCCGUUAUUCAUUACAAGCCAGAGCCUGGCGCUUGCUCCGUCAUUGAUCCUGACGCAGUCUACCUUUGCGACUCGGGAGCUCAGUAUCUGGAUGGCACCACAGACACUACCAGGACUCUGCAUUUUGGCACUCCAACUGCAGAUGAGAUUGAAGCAUACACUCUUGUUCUGAAGGGUCAUAUUGCAUUGGAUAUGGCAAUUUUCCCAAAGGGAACUACAGGAUUCGCAAUUGAUGCCCUGGCUCGUCAACAUCUUUGGCAACAAGGACUUGAUUACCGACAUGGAACCGGCCACGGAGUUGGCUCAUACCUGAAUGUACACGAAGGACCCGUCGGCAUUGGUACAAGAAUUCAGUACUCGGAAGUUGCCCUGGCCGAAGGCAACGUCAUAUCGAACGAACCUGGCUUCUACGAAGAUGGAAAGUUUGGUAUCCGCAUCGAGAAUAUCAUCAUGGUCAAGAAGGCGGAAACGAAACACUCGUUUGGUGACAAGCCCUGGUUCACAUUUGAGCAUGUAACUAUGGUACCAUACUGCCGCAAGCUGGUUGACACGAAUCUACUUACGCCCGCUGAGAAGAAGUGGCUCAACGACUACAAUGACGAGGUCUCCAAGAAGGUUGGCCCACUUCUCCAAGAUGACUUGUCAAAGUUAUGGCUCGAAAGAGAAACGGGACACUACUAG